AUGGACGGCAACCGCGACGACGCCUCCGGCAUCAGCCGCUCGAAACGCAGCCUCGCGUCGGUAAAUACGCCAGCGGGCAGCGGCAACGACGAGCUCGACAAGACAGCGCAGCCCGACGCGGCAGGCAUCAAAGUCGGCCCUGAAGAUGCGGCAAAGCAAGAGAGGGAGAAUGCGGAUCCGGAAAAUAUAAAGGCUAUUGGCACCGUGGACGAGGCUGAAGGCGACUACGAUGUCAGAAAAGAGAACCAUUUUGGUGAAGCGGCGAUUAUCGACAACGCAAAGGACUUGGUUACGCACGUUCUCCACGUCGAUGAUGAACCGUCCGAUUCUCCGUGGACUUUUCGUGCGCUCUUCAUUGGUAACGUGUACCGUCUCUGCCUGAUCCUGUGUGUCUUUGCGUCGGUACUGCAGGAGAUUUUCUACUUCAAGCCCCAGAUCAUACUCGUAUCCGUCGUGUUUCUCACCGUCAUCGGCUACAUCUUGGCUCUCCCCUUCCAGCUCAUCCCACGACCGAGCGGUGACGGCAUCGUAUCCCGCACGUGUCGCUUCCUGAACCCGGCCGACUUCAACUCCAAGGAGCACACGUUCAUGGUCAUCAUGGGAUCGGCCGGCUCGACCUCGGCCGUCGCCACGCAAAUCCUCGCCGCCCAGCGCCUGUAUUACGGAUCGAGUCCCGACAAGGGCGCUGCCAUCUUUCUCGUCAUCGCCUCCCAGUUCCUGUCCUACGGAAUCGCGGGCCUGCUCCGCUCGGUCCUGGUCCAGCCGGCCAAGAUGCUCUGGCCGGUCAACAUCCCCGUCAACACGCUCCUGGAGACGCUGCACCGGGACCGGAGCGAGACGCGGAAGCGCCUGCGAUGCUUCACGGCCGUCUUUGGCGGCGCCUUCCUCUGGGAGAUUGUCCCGCUCUGGAUCGCGCCCAUCUUCCAGGGCGUCGCGAUCCCGUGCCUGGCGCGCCGCGACAGCCUCGUCUUCACCAAUCUGUUUGGGGGCGCGCAGAACAACGAGGGCCUCGGGCUCCUGGGGCUCUGCUUCGACUGGAACUACAUUGCCGGGCUGAGCUCGCCGCUGUGGUACCCGUUGUGCACGCUCGUCAAUAGCAUGACGGGGUACUUGCUCUGCAUUGUGCUGUUCAUGGGCGUUUACUACGGAAAUGUGUGGGAUUCCACCAACUUCCCCUUCCUGUCGCAGCUGCUCUACCACGGCUCGUCCAACGCGACCAACUUCGUGCAGUACAACCUCACUGCCAUUCUCAACUCGGACAACACCAUCAACAGCACUCUGGUGGCUGAGCAGGGGCUUCCGUACCUCUCGGGCUCAUACGUGAUCCGCCUCAUCACGACCAAUGUUGGCAUCACCGCUGCCAUUGUCCACUUGCUGCUGUGGAACUACAACGACCUCAAGGACGGCUGGGCGUUUUUGCGGCCGUCUCGUUUACAAAGGCUCUUCCGAGUCUCAACGUACUUCUCCUGGAGGGGGCAUGACUCGGAGGAGGAAGCGGCGCGACGACAAAGGGUGGUUGACGACAAGGACUUGGAUCCGCACUACAAGUUGAUGAUGCAAAACGGGUACGUCGAGGUGCCAAACUGGUGGUAUGGCCUCGUGCUCGUGCUUUCGUUUGUCAUUGGCAUCACCACGCUCUACAAGAUCGGCUCAACGCUGCCCUGGUGGGCAUUCAUCGUAUCCAAUCUUUUCUCGGCCCUCUUCAUCCUCUUCUUCGGCGCCCAAAUGGGCUUGACGGGGUUCCAAUUCGACCAGCAACCCGUCAUUUUGAUGCUAGGCGGUUAUCUGCUGCCGGGGAAGCCGCUCGCCAACAUGUACUUCACCGUGUUCGGCUUCAACGGCAUCCAGCAGGGCCAGUGGCUCCUGCGGGAUCUGAAGCUCGCCCAGUUGGCCCAUCUGCCGCCCAAGGCGACAUUUACGGCUCAAAUGCUCGGCACCGUCGUCGGGGCCAUCAUGGACUACGUCGUCAUGGUCAGCAUUGUAGAUAACCAGACGCCGGCGCUGCUGUCCAUCAACGGCACAAACGUCUGGUCCGGCCAGAACGUGCAGGCGUACAGCACCCUCGCGGUGGCGUGGUCCAUGGCCAAGGACAUGUUUUCGGUAGGGAGCCGCUAUCAAUGGGUCACACUCUCGUUCCUGGUCGGGUUUCUGGCACCGCUGCCGUUCUGGCUGGCGUGGAAGCUGACCGGGCGCGACGUGUUCCGCGACGUGGACACUUCCAUUGUCGUCUGGAACUGUGCCCUGCUGUACGUCGGUGUCAACUCGUCUUUGCUCAUGUACUUUUCUCUCGGCAUCUUUGCGCAGUGGUACCUCCGUCGCUUCCACCCGGCUGCGUUCAUCAAGUACAACUACCUGGUCUCGGCGGCCUUGGACGGCGGCACGCAGGUCAUGGUUUUCCUGCUCAGCUUUGCCGUGCUGGGUGCCAGUGGUAGGGAACACAAAUUUCCGACGUAUGCGCUCAACAACGGGGGCACGAACAACGACGUGAACAUUGACUACUGCAUGUUCAACACUGCGUCGGCGAAUUGA